GAGACUUGAUGUUAGUUAAUGAAACUUUAUCUAACGAACAAGUCGUGUUCAUCGGAAGAUUUCCGAAUUUUCAUUUAAAAAUCUGUGAAAUCCUCGCAACCAUGAAGAGUGCAUUGUUAUUGGUGUUCACUUUCCUCGUUUUCACGAGUGUCCAUGCGGAAGUACCAAUGCAUCAACUGGUUACUGGCUUGGCAAACAUGUUUUCCAUCGAUAUGACGGAAGUCGAAAAGUGUAUGAAUAAAAUGGGAACGAAACCAAAUGAUUUUAAACUAUUGGAUGACGCGAUGACCGAAGAUUCUGCGGAGAUUAACAAAGACAGUUUGAGAAGAGCCAGUUGCACCGCGGUUUGUUGUGCUCAGAAGCAAGGAACGAUGACAGGUGCUAAGAUCGAGAUACCAACUAUUCAUAAACUGAUUCAAGGAUCCAGAAUGCCACCGAAAUUGCAACGUGCACUGCAUAUGAAUAUAGAUCAGUGCCACGAUAUAGUGAAAGAGAUUACCGAUGAAUGCGAAUUGGGAUACCGUUUCGUUAAGUGCGUAAUAAUGAAAAUGAUGGAGUCAGAACAAUUAAAAUAAAUAAAUAAAUAAAAGGAUACUAUAUAGAAAAUCAAAGAAUUUUUAAAUAUUAAGAAAAUAUUGCUCGACUCUAAGAAUACUGCUCGACUUUAAUACUUUUGUACGAAAUCCACUGCUGCCAUUUAUUUUUUAAUAAACUGAAAGUAUUUUAAUUUCA